ACUUAAAAAAUUUUUGCAGCUAAUGUUGGUACGAAUACAUUGUGAUACAAUGUCGUAAAAGAAAUUAAAAGAUCUACGAAUUGAUUUUUUUCUAGUAAAAAAUUUAUCUUAAAAAUGCCUGUUAGUAGUGGAGUAUCUCUUGUAUUGUCUUCAAUCUUGACUGUUCUUAUAUUUUCGGGAAUGCAAAUAUAUAAAGUUUGGUUAGCAUCAUCACAAAUUUAUACAAUAUUAGGAGGAUAUAUUGGAUCGAUACUAUUUAUGUGCGUGUUAACUGCAAUAGGAAACUUGGAAUCAACAAUAUUUGGAAAAUCUUUUCAACAAAAAUUAUUUCCAGAAGUUAUUUUUUCACUAAUGAUUAGCUUAAUUGCAUCAGCUUUGGUACAUCGUGUAGCAACUACAACAUGUUUUAUAUUUUCUAUGAUUGCAUUAUAUUAUAUCAAUAGAAUUUCUCAAGAAACAUAUGCUCAACCAAUGCCUCCAAUAUCAAUUCAUAUAAAGAAGAGGAAAUAAAAAUAAUUAUGAAAAUCUAAUUUGUUUUACAAUACUUAAAAAAUGUUGAAUUAUUUUUAAAGCUAUUUUAAACUUUAUGUAAAAUUAUUUUGUCUGUAAUAUAUAUAAUAUA